AUGGACGAAUUUGAGUUUUCUUCCCUAAAUCAUUCUCUAACCUCCGUUAAAGACGCAAUUUCUUCUGAAGAACUUUUGAUACUUGUCGAUGCAAUUCUAGGGGGUGCAUCUUCGGAAAGGCUUAAGCUUGUUUCAUCCAUUCUUCCGUGUAUCGAAAAGUUGUCAUGUAUGGAAAAAGAGAUCCUUAUCCAGAAGAUAUACAGGCAUCUUAGCGCUUCAGCACGUGAGAUCAUGCGUGCUGUAGAUACCGGUCAAAACCAUGGAGUCGCCUCUUGUCCGCAGAUCGUGAUAGUAUUUAACAUACUUGCCUCUGUUCUGCAAAUUCAGUGCCCAAGCAGGGUUAAUGAACUUCAUGACAUUCAUGCUUAUAUUCGUGCCGUCGUAGAAUUUCUGCAAAGUAGAGCGGCUCGCCUUUCAUCGGAGUAUUUGGAAUCAGCGCUUCGUUUCCUUCUUGCACUGUGCAAAUGUUCUGGCGGCUCAUUUUCCUGGUUGUCUCAGUUCACACUAGAGUCUACAGACGGUCUUCCUUUUUCGCUUUUCCUCAUCACAAUUGAAGUUGAACUGAAACUCGGAUUGCCGACUCAUCUAGAAGGAUAUUUAGAGAUAAAGUCGACCGAUGCCAAUGUGACACAAGUCUGCUUAGAGUUGUUGUCGUUACUGAUUGCUGAGAUUGCUGAAUCUGAUCUUGAAUCAGAAAACACUGCAGAUAACAGCAUCAUGGCCUUCGUUUCUGAUGAAAUGCUAUCCUCCAUGUUGAAGCGACUCAUUGGAUUGGGAGAAUUGAUGGCCACAUCCUUGACCUUAGAGUGCAACUCAGCGCUCACCGAUACUACGUCGGAUUCCACUUCGUCCAAAAUCGCCUACCCAAAUCCACUCAUCUUGGACGUUCUUGCCGUUUAUCUACAGUGGAGCCUGCAUGUUUACAAAAACCGCUUUUUGGCUGUCGGCGGUACAAGUGAAUGCGCCGCGGCUUUCGAUGAGACCUGUUUCCAGCCAACUUAUUCAUCCCCCUCGAAAGCGUAUGAUGAGUUGGCGAAAAGCUUUCAAACGAACGUUUGGGCUCCUCUGCAACCCCUGUUACGAAGUAUCAUACCAGAGGUGUUUCGUCUGACUAAUCUUGAUAAAACGCCAAAAUCAGUGACUCUCUGUCGUAAACACAUCCUCCGUUUGGCAAGACUCUUUCCUGCGGUUGUUGUGAGCAGUUUCGAUACCGGCUUUAUGCUAUCCUUGCUGGCCAACCAUCAUGCUGAUGACGCGGUGAUUUUUAAGAGCCCCAUUGGAAUUAGCUACCUUCGGGACAUUUGCAACCUCCUGGAAAUCUCACAAAUGGGUUGUGGCAUAAAUGAGUCAAAAGAGGGUGAUGCUUCCAUCAACGCCAUCGGUAGGCUCACUUCCAUUCUCGGCCUUGCAGCCGCAGGAUCUGCGAUUCUAGACGGAUUCAAAACUGAGGUUGAUGGACAGCUCUGUGAUAAAUGCAAAGUUUCGGCGCAGACUCGGUUAGCGGAGGCCUUUUGCGAUGUCAUGGUUAUACUUCGCAUUCUUAUCGUCAAUGUAUGGCUGGUUGAAUUUACUCUCCGGCUUAGACCGUCCCGGCUCUUUGAUCCUGUCGUCCCUGCUGUGCCAGGAGAGGAGGAGGCAUAUGUGUCGAAGUGGAUAUCAGAAGCGGCGCUAACAGUUCUCCGUCGACUAGCAAAGCUGGAACCAUCUUUCCUUUUAGAUUGGAAUUUUUUCCACUACCAGGAUCGUGCUCUACGUGGCUUCUACACAUCGUGCACGCUGCGUAGCUCUGCAGAAGCUGUUCUACACUGUUGUCGCAACAUCUGUUCUUAUUCCCCUGUCUUUCGGACAGCUUGGCAGCGCAAGUACACGGAGGUGGCAUCGGAAAUCGUCUCACUUUAUGAAGACUCUGUAACGGUAUCCUUUGAGUAA